CUAGAGAGUUCCAAACCGGAUGUUGUGUUGUGGCAGCUGUUCAUGUUUUGACAUUAAUUUAAAUAUUGCCUGUAAGCCGUAAAAGAAAAGAUUGUCACACGUGUUAGCCGUUUCAGUGUAAUUAUGAAUAAAACAACAUCAUUCUAUAGUGAUGUACACGUAGAAAAAUAACUGCUGAUACUACCUACUAUGUCCAAACGGCAACCUCCGGGAAUGUUUCAACAGGGUGCAAAAGUUUGUCAGGAGUGUGGAUGUCCUUGUACAGGAUGCAUGGACAAGUCAAGUUUGGAUUUACAUCAGAAAAUUGUGGAACUUGAAAGUGAGCUGCGUAAAAGUAAUGAGCAUGUUUCAAAAAUUGGUCGAGAGUUAGUGGACAACAAGCAUCUUGCUGACUAUGAGGUGCACAAACUGCGAGAGGAACUGAAUAAAUUACGGGACAGAUAUGACAGACUUUUUGAAAGCCACAAAAGAAUUCAGAAAGUUAACCAUGGACUUGAGGAUAAGAUUUUAAAGAUAGUUAGUGGGUUUGAAGAGGAGAAAACAAAUCUACAACGAGAACUAGCCACUACCACAUCAAGACUGGUAGAUGCCAAGGCAACUGUGUGUGAGCUGGAAGAGGAAAAUGAACGAUACAGAAAUGACUGUAACAUAGCAGUUCAGCUGUUACAGUGCAGGCCUUCAGAAUUUGUGUCUCACAAGCUUAAUUCACUGCCAAUUGAAUUACAAGAGAGGGUAAAGAAGCACAUGACAAGAGAAGAAAUCAUUAACUGUGAGGACGCUCCUAAUUCUAACGAGACUCCUAAACUUAUCCACGUCCCUAUGGCCACCUUCCCCCCUACAGCCAUGGUUUACUCUGUUAACAAACCAAUGAACAAGUCUGAGACCGCUAACACGAGGAAUGGGGCAAGUGAUGGAGUCCCAAUGGAUGUUAUAACUAAGGCCCUGAGCCACCCAGAGCCAAUCAAGAAAUCGCGGCGGACGUAUAUUUGUUUGAAGUGUCGUCGUGACGUGGUCUGUAAUAACAAAGACACACAGGUCAACAUGAGCCGUGAAACUCAAGGAAGUUGUGACAACCUGAGUGAGCUCAGAGUUCAUAGACCAUGUGGAAGAACUCAGUCUUUCUCAUCAGAGAGCGAGAUGUAUUGAUGAGUGAGCUCAGAGUUCAUAGACCAUGUGGAAGAACUCAGUCUUUCUCAUCAGAGAGUGAGAUGUAUUGAUGAGUUUAAACUGAGAACUUCACUCAAAUUUAUCUCAAUGGAAAAUGCUCAUUCUCUUUGCACAGCACCUCAAGUUUGGUCAAAAAUCAUGUACAUGUACUGUGAAAUCACCUAUUUCAUGGGUUUUAAUUAUUUUAAAUAUUUAUUUGAAUUGCACAUAAUCAUCUGGAGGCAUUUUAUCUCUAAGAGUAUACUCAAAAUAUUUUAUCAUGUUGUUUUGAGAAAAGAAUUGUUUAUUUCACCCCUGUAAAUUUAAGUUAUAUUAUUGAGAGUAUAAUUACCUGUAGUUUGUAUGGAAAUCACAGAUCAUUCAUGUAUCACCUUCUUUCACUGUUUACAGAAUUUAUAUUGUAAUGAUAUUUUUUUCUUUCCCGAACUGUUUCUGUCAGGGAUAGGGAUUUGUAUUAUUUUAAGGUGAUUGUGUAUUCAUCUUUUAUCCUCUGGAUCCCCAAAUUAAAAAUCCUGUUCAUAGUUCUAAAUGUCAUUGUGAGUGGAUUUGUGAGUUACGUACCUGGUAUGUACAUCAUGGUUGAUUAUAGCUUCAGAACUGUAGCUCUCCGAAAAAAUAUAUAUUUACAGACCGGAGAGCUACAGUGCCACUCAUUGAAAAAACUGUAUAUUUAUUGCGCACAAAAAAGUGUGCACUGUUCUAGAUUAAUUCUUCCAAAUUCUUACCUACAAAAAAAGCUAGAUUUCAAAAAAUUCCUUACUCUUCUAUCACAUACUCUCUAAGUUUACAUCUGCACGAAGUGCAUUUGACCAAAUAUCUUACAAACCAAAAUGGCAGUAUACAUAGGCGAAAUUUUCAAUGAUCUCAAUUUCAGGGCCAGAAGGGCUAUUAAAAACAAUUAUAAGGCAUGUUUUGUUGUGGAAACAGUGAAAGAAUAUGUUAGGAACACACGGUUAGUAAUAUUUUGAGAUGACAGAUUUAAAUACAUGGAGAAAUAAAUCGAGAAACAGUGCACUUUUUUGUGUGCAAUAAAUAUACAAUUUUUUUAGAGGGUGGCACUGUAGCUCUCCAGUCUGUCUAUAUAUGUUUUUUGAGAGCUAUAGUUCUGCAGCUAGAUUGAUGAGGAUAAAAAUUGGGGCAUUAACUUUGUUAAAGGGAAUGCACUAUCUAGUAUAAUUUUUAAUUUAAUAGCUCAAUUAUAUUCUAUUGACAUGUAUUUGUUAUCAUAUAUUAAAACAUUGCUGCGACGUCAUGCCUUUGUUCUUGCAGUCUAAAAAUUUACCUGUAGCCGUCCGAUAAUAAUAAUUACCAGUCUGAUAAUAUAUUAUCGGACGGCAAUGAUAACAAAAUCGGACGGUAUUUAAAAAACAAAAAA